AUGAACGAUGAGGCCGAGUCGUCGCGAGCCGGAGAGCGCUAUGGAAACACUGCGACCUCUGAUGCGGAUCUCGACGACGCAACAACAGCAGCAGUCGACGAAGGGGAGGAUGCAGCUCAGCGCGAGCAGCGGGCAAAGGAGCGGAGGCUUGAUGCGAAGAGGAAGCGGGUGCAGUUUCUCGAGCAUUUGCUUCGCGAACUGGAUACUCUAGUCUUUCUGGAGCUCAUCACCCUCUAUUACCUGGACUGCUCAUUCUUCUGGUUCUUCGUACGCGCCGUAAUCCACCUCUCGAUCCUCACGCCCCUGCCCGAUAUGGGCCUCAACCGCCAAAACGAUGUAUACAAGCCAUACCUACCGCUCCUCUUGUUCUGCUUCACUGCAAACUUCCUUCUGCAUCUCAUAUAUGCAGCUCCAUCGGCCGGCGAAGAUACACGAGGCUAUUUGCAUGGGGGGUUAAUGAUAGACUUCAUCGGGCAAAAGGGGCCGACAAGCAAGUGGAAGCUUGCUGGCCUGGAUAUCUGCCUCCUGAUUCUGCAGCUCACCAUGGUGUCCGCGCAAGUCAAGAAACGAGACCUGAAAAGGAAGCUAGCCAAGAUAUCAGGAGGGAGCACAGCUUCAAGGCCAACCGAAGGGGACCCGCCGGAGAGAUCGACGGACGAGAACGCAGCCCGCGAGCAAGACGCCGAUGCCGAAGAACGCGGUGUUCUUCGCCGAACCGACACGCUGUCCGACAUAGGCGCUGAUGUGGAUGAAGAAGACGCCCUCCUGUCGUCGUCCGAGGCGGGUCACAUUGACGCCCUGGACGUACUCCACUCCGGGCAGUGCGUGAUUGGCGACUUCACCCUCAUCGACACGCUCCUCCGGGAGCACGAAGAGUACCAGACAUACCGCCAAACGAGGGCUGAUACAGGGGCGAGCUCUUCGAUUCCGCCCAGCACGCUGCGCCAAUUGCGCACGAUUCGCGUGCGCUUCGGCGUAGGAGGCGGGUGA